AUGAUAGCUUUAAAUCACCGGAGCUUAGUCGUGAAGAUGAUGGUUUCAAGACUUAAAGAGACAACUAAUUUUGUGAUUCUUUACUUCCUUUACCAAACACUAAAGACGAAAGGAGAGCUGUUCCGAAAGUGUCAACCAAGCAGCAGCAAUAGGAUCGGUUGUGGCUGUGGUUCUAAUACAACAGCAUUUUGUUAUCUGCUUAAGAUGAUCUCCAGAGCUGUUGAUAAAUUAGAGUCUAAUCAUGACCAAAAGAUUCUGCCUGUCUUUGUUACUCUUGACCCUGUACGAAACACACCUUCUCAUCUCCAUGCCUACUUGAAAGAAUUUGACGAUAGAAUACUUGGAUUGACUGGAUCAGCAAGUGCAAUGAGGCAAAUGGCACAGGAGUAUCGUGUUUAUUUCAAGAAGGUUCAAGAAGAUGGAGAUGAUUACCUCGUUGAUACUUCUCAUAACAUGUACUUGUUGAAUCCGAAGAUGGAGGUUGUGAGAUGCUUUGGAGUUGAGUAUAAUCCAGAUGACCUCUCACAAGAGGUUCUUAAAGAAGUUUCUUCCCUUUCACAGUGACCAAGCACAAAAAAAGAGAUGUUCAUUGAAGGAAACACCAAGUUCCUUUUUCCUUCCAUUGGUCAAAUUUCAUUUAGACGAUUUUGCUAAGUCCUUUGGUCAUGAUAAAAGAUUCCGGAUUCUCAAGUUUAUAACAAAAUUGGCAUUUUUACCUUGUGCAUCUAAUCUUACACUACUAGUAAAUUAGUAAUCACCAUCUAAUAGCCACCACUAGUAAUC